CUCCUUCCUCCCUCUGUGAAACACCCCUUUCCUCCUACAGACCACCCAAACCCUAUAAAUAACCCAUCGCAACUUUUUUCCCUUCACAUUUCUUCCCAGACUUUUGGGCAGGAGACUCCUGAAUAGAUUAAAAAAAAAAAAAAAUUAAAAAACAUUUUUUAGGGCAAAAAUGGCGAGUGAAUUUAAGAAAAAAGCUUUCUGGAGGGCAAUAAUUGCCGAAUUUUUGGCGAUGAGUAUUUUUGUUUUUAUCAGUAUCGGCGCCGCGCUGGGGAUGAAUUUCCCCGUGGCGCAAAAUCAGACCACGACCCGGGAGCAAGACAUCGUGAAGGUGUCGCUGGCGUUUGGGCUAGCGAUUGCCACCAUGGCCCAGAGCGUGGGCCACAUCAGCGGGGCCCAUCUCAACCCGGCGGUCACCCUUGGCUGUCUGCUGAGCUGUCAGAUCAGCAUCCUGAAAGCUGUCAUGUACAUCGUCGCCCAGUGCCUGGGGGCCGUGGUGGCCACCGCCAUCCUGUCCGGCAUCACGUCCCAGAUCGACAAGAACUCCCUCGGUCUGAACGGGCUGAGUGAAGGAGUGUCAGCCGGACAAGGCUUAGGAAUUGAAAUCAUCGUCACCUUCCAGCUGGUGCUCUGUGUUCUUGCCGUCACCGACAAGCGGCGGACUGACAUUUCAGGCUCCGUACCCCUCGCAAUAGGCCUGUCUGUUGCGCUGGGGCAUCUUAUUGCGAUCGAUUACACCGGAUGCGGAAUGAACCCCGCAAGGUCCUUUGGCUCAGCCGUCAUUACUAGAAACUUCGCCCACCACUGGAUAUUUUGGGUCGGGCCGAUGAUCGGGGGAGCCGCAGCUGCCCUUAUAUACGACUUUAUCUUGGCCCCGAGGACCAGUGAUCUAACCGACCGCGUUAAAGUGUGGACCAGAGGCGUGGAAGAAUACGAGUUGGACGGGGAUGACAAUGCCCGGGUCGAAAUGAAACCAAAAUAAAAA